CCCGAGGAAUUUCUCCCAAGAAAGUAGUACGAGAAAUUUGCGGGACUGGGAGGGAUUCGUGGGGAUUUGGGGCUGUUUAUAGUGUUUUUCGAAGUUCAGGAGUUUUGCUCUUAUGAUUUUAUUGUGAAAUUGUCGUGAAAAGGAUUGUUUAUGCGAUCCAAAGUUCCAUUGUUUGGAGUGGUCGCGUGUAUUGCUCCGCCAUGACACUUGUCGCCCGAGAAUCGCGUCGAAAAGCAUCGCCUUCGCCGCGGCUGGACGACGACGCGGCCCCAGGGAAAUGUUCCACGAAGAUGUAGAGGCGACCACGUGACGUAGCCAUGGCCCGUUAUGGGAGCGACGCUGCCACCGAGACCAGCCGUCUGUUACAAACUCUGAGCCUGUGCAAGGGCAGCGAGGCCGCCCACCCCGGCGCUGGCAUGGGCGGCGAGGGCGGCGCGGCGCCCAGGGAGGCCGGCCCCGCGCACCAGGACGCCCCGGGCUACGGCCGCAUACUGGCGCGGGCGGCGGGCGGCGGCGCGGGCGGUGCGGGCGGCGCAGGCGCGGCCCCCGCCCCGCAGCCGCGCGUCGGCGCCAUCGAGAGCCUGCUGAAGGAGGGCACGGAGGCGCCCGCGCCGCACCCGCCGCUCUACACUGUGCUCGACUCGCGCAGUGUGAUCCAGGCGUCCAAGUUCGCCACGCCCAAGCAGCCCGACCCCGUGGUGGUGUCGGGCGGGUCGUCGAGCGGGUCGUCGAGCGCGGCUGUGAACGGCGGGUCGUCCGCCUCGGCCCCCGGGCUGGUCACGGGCCAGGUGACCGCCCACGCCCCCGUGGGCUACGCGCACAUCGCGCCCACCGCAGCGGCCGCGGGCAAGAGCGGGCCUGUGGCGAACGGGGGCACGCCCCAGAGGCCUGUCAACGGGCAGUCACUCUACUCUGGCCACGUGCGCUACGAGCCCCCCCCUAUCUACGGGAGGAACAACCCGAGUGGCUCUGCCCACUCGAGUCCGCGCUCCAGCCUGAGCGGCGGCAGCCACGACUCUCAGGCCUCGGGGCAGCACGCGCAGCAUCCGCGAACCGUUCCGCAGACUCUGACUCAGCAUUCCAAUGAAUUUGUUGUGAAUCCUAAUUUUUUAGGGCAGCUACAUACUUACGAAAAUAUUAAUGCUUAUCACCACUAUGGACCACAAGGUAGUUUAGCUGCUACCAUCAUAGAAAAUAAGUAUGCCAGUCCACGCUCUAGUAUAAGUUCACAGGACUCAAAGCAUUCCAGCCCAAGAAGCAGUUUUGUACAUUCCUUGCAAGGUUCUAGUCUUGACAGGACAAGUUUAGCCAGUCAAACCAUUUUAGAAGAGGGAAGUUUGCAUAGGCCCACUUUGUCUAAUAGACAUUUACCACCGCGUAUCGAACAGGAUUUGGAAGGAAAGCAAUUUGUGAUCCCUAGAAACAAUGCUUAUGUUCAGGAAAAUGCACGACACAGUUCGCAGUGGAGUGUGAGUAGUGACUCAGUCAGACACAGAGGAUUAUAUUACGACGCGCUUCCGCCUCCUCCCGCCCCCCCCCAGUCACUGACCCUGACGAGACCCACACACACCCCAGUAGCAACACCCAGUCCCACUGCCCUCCCCCCUCCACCACCAUAUCCUGGAAAACCACCGAGUUUAAAUUCCGUGUCGUCCACAGAUGCCAGUGACUCCUCUGCGUCUCUUGGAAUUCCCCGCACGACGUCUGUGGUUUACCCGCUAGUGACUUCCAAUCAUAAUUAUGCAAACAUCGAAGUGUUAAAGAGUGUUUAUGGGGCAGAUCCUCCUCCCCCACCUCCGUAUCCCUCGUCUCUUGUGCGGCAGUUUCAGAAUUUGAACCUGACUUACUCCCAGGCACCUUUGGGCACGCAUUCUCCCAUUCCGUCAACGCCCUCGACGCCUUCUACCCCUUCGACUCCGCAAAGUCUGCUGAGGAGUGGUGGGGCUCCUCCUCCCCCCCCUCCGCCAUAUCCGUCCUCUGUGGUCCGGGCGGCUCAGCAGCAGUUCGUUGCCCCCCCACCGCCACCGCCGUACUCGUCUUCAGUCGUAAGGAGCAUCACGCCCAUUCAGUCAUACAUACCCACCACGAUCAUCACUGGACAGAUUGCUCAAGUGCCACCACCGCCCCCCCCUUAUCCCUCGUCGGCCGUGCGGAGCGUAGCCUCGGGAGUGAGCUACAGCCAUAGCAGCAGCAUGAGUCAGCACAGCAGCACCAGCAACUCCUCCAACACCCCAAGCGACCGCCUGGCGCAGUGGCAGAACAAGCUGGGCAGCAGCGGCCACAGCCAGGGGGCACCGCCUUCCAACAUGUCCACUGUCUCUCCAGGAGUGACGACAGGGCAUGCCCAGAUGCCCCCCAAUCCCUCAACCCCCCAGAGCACCGCCAAGACCACUGUCAGCGGGAAAAAUCUAUUGCCCUACAAUGUAACAGCAAAGUCCAUG